UAUCAAAGCACUGGAGCAGAUUUAAGAAUUCAGUGGUAAGGCAGCAGCAAAUCAGAAUAAUUAGGACUGAGUGAGGCUGCCUACAGAGUUUGUAUCUGAACCUGGUUGUGCAUUAUGAAGGAGACCGGGUCCCUGUGUCAUGUGGAGCAACUGCCCUGCACGUGCCUUCUUGAGUCGGGCACUAACGGGCACCACACUCUGAACCACAAGCGCAGCAGCUGGACAUCCAGUGGCUCAGGGGUCAGAAACAGAGCUGGGGCAGGGAGUGCUCUGUGCAGUAGUCCAGAACGUGUCACGUCUGUCAGGCUGGAGAGUACAGAGCAGAUCCAAAGACGAGGAGGGGGUAAAGCCCUAGUGACUGGGGGUGCUGGCUUUUUCGGUUUUAGGCUGGGAAAAGCUCUGGCCCAACAGGGCAUCAGUGUGAUUCUGAUGGAUCUGCACCCGCCAUGCUGGGAAAUUCCAGACAAAGCUGUGUACAUGCAGGGUGACGUGCGUGACUAUAACACACUGUAUAAAGUGUGUGCUGGGGUGGACUGUAUAUUUCACACUGCUUCCUAUGGCAUGUCAGGACCAGAACAGCUGAAGAAAGAGCAGGUGGAAUCUAUCAAUGUUGGUGGCACCAACAACAUCAUAAAUGUGUGUUGUGAGCAGGGUAUCACCAGGCUCGUGUACACCAGCACAGUGAAUGUGGUGUUUGCAGGAAGACCCAUUGAAGAGGGAGAUGAGGACUCUGUACCCUAUGUUCCACUGGACAUGCACAUAGACCACUACUCCCGAACUAAAGCUAUUGCUGAGCGCAUGGUCCUCAUCGCCAACGGGAGAUCUUUAAAAGGUGGCGGACUGCUCAGGACAUGUGUAUUACGCCCCUCGGGCAUUUAUGGCCCUGAAGAGAGGAGACACCUUCACAGAGUAAUGGUAAAUGUGGAAAGCAGGUUAUUCAAUUUUAGUUUUGGAGACCCUAAUGCCAGGAUGAACUGGGUGCAUGUGGAUAAUCUGGUGAUGGCACAUCAGCUGGCAGCAGAGAGCCUGACACCAGAAAAAGGCUGUGUGGCAAAUGGACAAGCCUAUUUUAUUAACGAUGGAGAAUCUGUGAAUGUUUUUGAUUGGAUGACACCACUGUUUGAGAGUCUAGGCUAUAGCCGACCACGGAUUCGUCUCCCAGUUUCCCUUGUCUACUCAGCAGCAUUUUUAAUGGAACUGUUGCACUUGGCUUUGAGGCCAAUCGUGAAGGUUCCUCUGCUUUUCACCAGAAAUGAGGUCAGAAACAUUGCUGUGAGCCACACGUUCAGGAUUGAAAAAGCCCGUCGAGAGCUAGGUUUCUCCCCCAAGAAGUACACAUUCAUCGACUCAGUGGAUCAUUACCUGAAGAGUCAACCGGUCCGAUCCCGUUCUUUAAUCCUGGACUCAUUCCUCCUCUUUCUAAAGAUGAUUCUGGUGGGGUUCACCAUUCUGAUGCUCUGCUGGUGGCGACAUUACCAUUAGCUUUGUCCUCUUUGGUUUCUGAUUUAAACGUGAGCAUUGGAGUGUGAAUAAUAUGAGAAGGACAGCCAUACAAAGGAACAUGGCAUCCUCAGCAUAUUCCUUACACUUAGUCCAGCUCAUUAAAAGCCACUAUAAAGAAGGUGAGGGAAAGGGAGAGGUUGGUGAUCUAGGGCAAGGCCCAACUCAGCUGCCGGGCAGCAGCUAUAGUAUUAAUAAUACCACAUGUAUUGUAAGUACCUUAUAUGGAUAAAAAUACACUGACAUGCCAAAAGUCAUGGGAUAGCAGUGUGUAAAUUGAAUAUGAAGUAGUCCAGGUUUCCGAAUAGACCCUAGAGGAUUGACAACAUGUGGUGUGAUCCACUGAGUCAUGGUACCAAAUGUUUUGGGCUGAUGGUAGGGUCUGUGUGUGGUACAGAUACCAUGAAGUCAUGGACCUCAGUUGUCAACAAAACACUGUGCAGGCUGGUGGUGGUUCCAUACUGGUGUAAGUUGUUUUCAUAGCAUGGAUUGAGUCCACUGGUUGGAUCCACUGGUUCACCUAAAUGUGCCAUUGACCAGUACCUGCUACAUUUCACUGCUUGCUGACUAUUUGCAGCCCUUCAUGGACUUCACAUACCCCCACAAUGAUGGGAUAUUCCAGCAGGAUAAUGCACCGCGCCAUUGUGCCCAAGUGUCCAGACUUGGUUUGAGGAGGAUUUCCGGCGCAUGGUGUGGCCUGCACGUUCACCCAAAAUAAGCCCAAUCAAACAUUUAUGGGAUGUGAUGGAGAGGUCCUUCGCACUCAAAAUCUUGCACCACCUACAAAUACCACAGAGUUGGCAGUGGCUAGCCAGACAUCUUGGCAUAACAUGCCUUCAGACGUCUUCCUUCCACUUGUGGAAUCGAUGCCACAUCGAGUUGCUGCAUGGGGUCCUACACAAUACUAGUUCCUGACUCAUGACUUCUGGCAUGUCAGUGUAUAUAGUGACCUGUCUAUUAUCUUGUUGGACAUUUUAUUCCCAAACAUAGGCGUAAUUAUGAAGUUCCCCUCCCCCUUGUGACUAUAACAGACUCUAAUCUUCAAAAGAAGGAUUUCCACAAGAUUUGGAGAGUGUCUGUGACUACCUGAAGUUGCAUCUAUUCUGUUGAAAGACCAUUUGUGAGGUCAGGCACUAAUGUCAGACCAGAAGACCUGGUUUGCAACUGACAUUCAAAUUCAUUCCAAAGGUGAAGGUUAUUGAUUGAUUGAUUAGGAUUUUAAUGUCAUGUUUUACACACUUUGAUUACCUGUCCUGUCAUUCAUUACUGGUGACACAAGAUUCAUCUGUUCAAGUUAAAUGUCAAACACAAUCAUGGACAAUUUAGUAUCUCCAAUUCACCUCACUUGCACAUCUUUGGACUGUGGGAGGAAACCGGAGCUCCAGGAGGAAACCCACGCAGACACGGGGAGAACAUGCAAACUCCACACAAAGGUGAAGGUUAAGGUAAAGACUUUGUGCAGGCCAUUGGAGUUGUAAAUUUGACCUUACUCUGUGUACAGUAGCACAGCCAUUCUGGAACAGGAACGGGCCAAACUGUUGUCACAAAGUUUAAAUAAUAGUAGUUCAUUCUAUACACCUGCUAGCACUAAUUAGCUGAAAUAUCAGAACUCACUAAUUAGGACGGGUUUCCACAUAUCAGCUGUAUAGUCUAUGUUACAGAAAUGUUGGUGAAUGUAGGAUGUUAGUUAUGUUGAGUUUAGGGGAUUGGUGAGGGAAAGAUUCUGAGCCAAUGUUCAUAGUGGACUAAGUAUUAUUAUUAUUAUAUUUACAUAAAUAUAAAUACAAGACAGUAAAUGUGGAUUUAGCUCAACAAAAGUGUAGCAUAAUAUUACCUACAUAUUGAUGCAAUUCCUUUUUUUUCUUUUCCAAAGCCAAGUUGUGUGUGAUGUCCGAAGUUUGUGUCCUUACUUUUGCAGUGAAGCCACUAGGCUAAUUUAGCUAAUCAGCAGUGGACUUGGUUUGGAGUUAAAAUAAAACUGUCAGUGAGUCCUUGUCAUCUCAA